GCUGUUACUUAUUUCUCUUCAGUCUGAAGUUGCCUUGGUGGCUAACCCAUCGGGCAUGCUCAAAGCUCUGGUGAGUCUGCUGGACAAGCCAGUUCUUGGCUCUGAAGAAGCUCUGGCUUCUUUAGUAGCCUGGUCCCUUUAAAUCGGACCGGGCCAGUUGCUAGGCAACUGUGCGGCCCCCCAACUGGCGCUGCACUGCGGAGACUCGCCCGGGGCCGGCUGGCCAAGUCAAGGUGGCCAGCAACAAACAGGGGGGCUGCAGCCUGCCCAUGGUAGCCGGCUCCGGGGAAAAGAGUGGAAAGGGCUCUCCAGAUCACGCUUCCAGUUCCAGUUCAAGCCAGAGGAAAAUUUUAUCCACAAAACUGUUGACCUUAGAAAGGGAGCUGGAAGGCCUGCCUAAAGAAAUGGAUGCUCGAAGAAAACACUGGAAAGAGAAUAUAUUCACACCAUUUUUUAGCGCACAUGAUGUCCUAGAAAAUACGUAUUUGUCUCAAUCAUCUUCAGAACAAAUAGCCAUUGAGAAGACCAAGAACAUGGGAAGAACAUAUAAUUUUUCCAGCAAGUUUCAAGAAGGAAAUCAACUGAAGAGGCAAGAAUAUAUAUCUCAAUUCGAUGAAAGGCAGCAAGCCUCAAGCUUAAGACCAAGAGCGCUAAACAUAGCCAACAAUGAAGUAGACACCAAUUCUGCAUCCUGUCAAUCAUCAACUUUGGACGUUUCAGGCAAAGAAAGCUGUUUAACCACAGAAGAGUCUUCUAUCUGGAGUAAAAGGGAUUUGCCCACUACAUCUCCAACAGGUGCCAGGAAGAAAACUGUUGAAGAAAUGUCUCCACAAGUUCGCCUGAAUAUUCUGAAUCGAGAGCUGGAAGAACUUAAUAUGAAGUGCAGAAAAAUCGAAAAGGAAUUUGAACAUGCUGAAAAAGAACUUCUGACUUCUAAGAAUGACAUCUCCACAAAAGCCAUCAAUUUUAAAGAAAAGGACACCAAAUUCUUCAAGAAUGACUGGGAACUCCAAGCUUUAAAAAGUAACCUACCACCAAAGACAACAGAUGUACAGAGCUUAACCGAAGAGCUACAGAAAGCCAAAGAAGUCAUUCACAAGUUGAACCUAGAGAACAGAAAUUUAAAAGAAGCCGUGAGGGAGUUAAAACAUCAAACUGAAGUAGGACAUGAAUCCAUUAAAGAGGAAAUCAAAUUGUAUUAUGAAACAGAAAUGGCAAAGAUUCGUGAGGAGCUCCAUGCCAUUAAGAAUGAACUGAGAGCUGAGAAAAACCUGCAAGAAAAAAAUAACAAAGCACUGGAGAUGCUUAGAAAACACUUGGCUUCAGCGAGCGUGUCCUCAUCUACCAUCGGCCAAUUUUCAGGGGACUUUUUUUAAAGGUAAAAGAAAAAGCUUUUUCCACCAGGCAAGUCAUCAAGUCAAAUCAACGAUUCUUGUACAAUCUCGCUAUGCUACUUAAAACACAUGAGACAGAAUGGAAUUUCCACUUUGGGUGAAUCCAACUAUCUGCAAAAACAUAUAGAUAUCAAUGCCAAAGCUUCUGCUUUUUUCUUUCUAAUGAAGUUACUAUGAGAAUCCAAAUGGGAACCAUCUUUGGAAAUCUCUUUUAUAUAUAAUAUAUAAAUAUAUAUAUCCGUAAAUACCUUUAAAUCUUCUCUAUCUAUAUUUCACUCAAAACCUUAGGGAUUCACCAGAUCGCUGUCAAAGACAAAUCAACCACAUUUUAGCAUUUCAUGAGCAACCUGUCCUUAAUGUAUGAAUAGUCUUCCAUCUGUAUUCAUUGAUGUGCAUAAUA